AUGGCUGCAAACAAGAACAUCCUCUUCGUCCUCACCUCGCACGACAAGUUCCUCAGCGGCAAGCCCACGGGAUGGUACCUUCCCGAGGCCGCCCACCCUUACUACGUCUUCAAGAACGCCGGGUACAACAUCACCUUUGCGUCGCCCAAGGGUGGAAAGGCCCCUCUUGACCCCUCUUCGGUCGAGAUGUUCAAGGAGGACGAGGAGGCUACCAAGUUCCUCAACGACCCCGAGGCCAAGAAGCUCUACGAGAACACCAAGAAGCUCGUCGACGUCAAGGCCGACGACUACGCAAGUCAGAUUUUUAUUGGUGGGCACGGACCUUUGUUUGACCUGACGACGGACCAGGACAGCAUCGCCCUCAUCCACUCGUUCCUCUCGUCCAACAAGCCGGUCGCGGCGGUCUGCCAUGCCCCGACUGUGUUCCUUGGUUGCCAGGACCCGAAGACGGGCGAGGCUCUCGUCAAGGGGAAGAAGGUCACCUGCUUCUCCAACGAAGAGGAGAAGCAAGCCGGCCUCGUCGACGAAAUUCCCUUCCUCGUCGAGACCCAGCUCCGCGGGGUCGGCGCCGACUUCCAAAACACCCGCCAGCCGUGGGGAGAGGAAGUCUGCGAGGAUGGGCUCGUCAUUACGGGCGCGAACCCCGCCAGCGCCGGAGCGAUGGCGAAGAAGUUGCUUGCUAGGCUUGGGAACUAA